AUGGCUCUCACGCCUUAUGGCUCAAACGGCAGUACAGACCUCACCAUGGCUGUUCUUGGUUGUGGAACCAUGGGAGUUGCUAUUCUCAGUGGUAUCUUGAACUCACUCGCUGAGAUGCAAGGACCAAAGCCCCUCCAGUCCCUCCCCAGAUCAGGAACCUCAACUCCUGGCGACGAGGUGCCUGAACGACUACCUUCACGCUUCGUUGCCAGUGUUGCUACUGCUGCAGGCGCUAAACGCGUCAAGGGCGCUCUCUGGGAGCAUUCCUCCAUUCUCAAGGUUGUCCAUAGCGACAACAUUGGUGCUGUUCAGCAGGCUGAGGUUGUUCUGCUAACUUGCAAGCCAUGGAUGGUUAAAGAGAUCCUGAGCGAGCCUGGCAUUUCAAAAGCUCUGCACGGCAAACUUCUAAUCAGCGUUUGUGCUGGUAUCACAGUCGAGGACAUUGAAAUCGCUCUCCACGGCGCUGUCCCUUCCAAGGACCCAGAAGAGGAUGGUCGAUGCCGCAUUGUCCGGGCCAUGUGCAAUACAGCUGCCGUGAUCCGUGAAUCGAUGACUGUUAUCGCUUCUCCUAGUUCUCCCCUCGACCAUGCCACCGAGAGCCUCGUUACAUGGAUCUUCAGGCGCAUUGGUGACGUUGUCUACCUUCCCACACGACAUAUGGAUGCCUCGACAGCUCUGUGUGCUUCAGGUCCCGCUUUCUUCGCCCUGGUGCUGGAAGCUGCCAUCGAUGGCGCUGUUGCUAUGGGCAUUCCCCGUGCCGAUGCUCAGCGCAUGGCUACUCAGUCUAUGAGGGGCACUGCUGGCCUUGUCCAAAAUGGCGAGCAUCCUGCUCUUCUUCGGGAGAAGGUUUGCACAUCCGGUGGCUGCACUAUUGGUGGUGUCUUGAUUCUUGAGGAGGGCAGAGUCCGUGGCUCCGUCUCGAGAGCUGUACGUGAGGCCGCUGUUGUGGCCGGUCAGAUUGGAAAGGGGGCUGACGGUGUAAAUGGCACCAGAUUUCCCGGUGCACGCUACGAAUGA